AUGGAGGAAAAGAUCAAGAGUCUCGAGAAAAAGCUUUUGGGAAUCGAGCAGCUCCGUGCAAAGUGCGAAGGCCUUAAAACUAUGAAUUCCAGGAUAAGAGAGUACAUGAGCAGGCUGGAUGUGCUGGACAGCAGGAUACAGUCCAUAGAUGCUCAGAUAGCAGGAUACGACCUUGUGGACCUUCUGAGUGACAAGUCUGCAGACAUAAGCUCGAUGAGCUUGGGGAUGGUUGUUACUGCAAUGAAGGACAUGGCGUCUGCCAGUCUAAGGUUUAAGGAGGACGGCUCGGCAGAAUACAUGGAGAGAUGCAGUGUUCUUUGGAAGAGAAUAAGAAGAGUCGGGUUUCUGCGCCUGAAUGAAAUUGUAUAUAAGUCCACUGAGUCACUAACAAUGAAUCCAGACUUUGCAGAAUUUAUCAAGCUAUUAGAUGAAGGCCUUGUACACAGGAUACAGGUAAAGAUUUUGCAGCUAAGAAAGGCGGAAUGCCUCAGGAAGUCUGCACACAUAAAAAGAAACAGAGAGUUUCUGUUCAAAUCGAUGAUCCAGCAGGAGCUGUAUAUAUUUCUCUCUCUGUUUCCGCUGGAGACUGAAAUGUUGGGCAGAAGACUAAGGGAGUUUAAGGAAGAAAGGCCCCUCGAAAGCUCAGGGCUUUUCGAGUGCUUCUCGUUCUCUGUUCUCAAGGAAUACUUCGAAAGCUGCAGCACAGAAGAGCUUGAAUCCCUGAAAAGCCGUCUGUACACGGAGCUUGAGGGCAGUGCCGAAAACAUUUCAGGCGAGGCAGAGAUAAGCGAACAUGGAGACUUCUACACCGAUGUUCUGAUGCUUGUGUCUGUACGGCAUUAUCUUUCCUCGAGGCAGAACUAUGAAGAGGUCCAAAGUGAGGUUAUUGAGGUCUAG